AUGAAGAAAAAGAAGGCACAGAGUCAUGAUGGCAGUGGUCUACAACAACAAACCAGCAACUCCGACAAUGUGUUUAGUGAUAUUGGUGAGGACAAAGGGGGGCAAGAGAAGAAAGAGAUGGAUUUAGUGAUUGGAAAUCAGCAUCCAACCACAUUUCCCAACAGCUCUCAACCAAAUCACUCCUCGCCCCAGGCCCUUGAUGAUGUUAUCAGUAGCAUCCAGCCAUUACCGACAUUAUGUCCGCCAGCCAUGUAUCGAGCAAGAUGGGUCCCAGAAAGAGCACCCGGGGCAUAUGCCGUGGAGGGGAUUGGACCAAUGUAUUGCCACCCAACAAGUAGGCCAGCCGACAUGGAAGAGCUGGGAUUGGAAUUGGUGCCUACAUCCCAAAAUGAAGUGGAUGAUGAUCAUGGACUUAUUCAUGCUGACCCAGUUGAUGACCCAGAAAAUGGUAUGAUUCCAACAGCAGAGCCAAUAACAACAAGGGCAAAAAGAAUAUGGAAGAAGAAACUAUUCUUGUUCCUCUCACUGGAAACAAUGGUUGCCAUGCUUGUUGUCACUAUUUUGCUUUUGGCAUUUCUCUUUGCAAUGGAGACAGAAAAUGAAUCACAGCCAGCAACACAGCAAAAUGGAGUGAUUCCAAUACAAGCAAAUCCAGGGGCAAUAGCUUCAACCACACCAAUAUCGCUAUGGGAAAGACUACAUCUACCUGAAUACACCCUCAGGGCUAUGGAAAAUCCUAGGUCGUCACAGACCAAGGCAUAUCAAUGGCUAAGCCACAAUAUCAAGAACUCUAACAAUACACAACAUCUCCCUUUAUGGAGACUGAAGCAAAGGUUUGCACUGGCCACAUUUUAUUAUUCAACACGGGGGGACCAUUGGGUGAAAAAUCAAGGCUGGCUGGAUUGGGACACCAAUGAGUGCAACUGGGAACAAAUUUAUUCGGAUUGGGACCCAAACGCAGUUUAUUGUGGUGAUGCUGGGCAACUCGUAUCGUUGCAGUUUUGGUCUGCCAACAAUUUGGAUGGAACAAUGCCGCCAGAGAUAUCCCUGCUUUGUAGCAGCUUGGAAACACUUAUAUUUUCUGGGAACCACCAACUCCAAGGAAACAUGCCAACCGAGGUUGGACUUUUGACAAGACUGACAAGUUUUUCCUUAAGCGCAACACACUUGUCCGGCACACUCCCAACAGAACUGGGUCAGCUACGAAGCUUGGGGCGACUAUUGAUCUCGGGUAGCGAUUUUGAUGGGACUUUACCUACUGAGCUGGGCAACCUAAGCAAGCUGACAGUUCUGCUAUCUGAUACAGUGAACAUUUCUGGAUCCAUCCCCACUGAAAUUCUUCGAUUGUCAGACCUGAAGACCUUGGGUUUCUCAGAGUGCCCUCUGUUGGAUAUAACACCUUUCCUGACUGAGGUAGUUGGAAACCUGCACAAUUUGGAGAUGCUAGGUCUAGGCUAUGGGAAAACUGGGGGGUUCACAUCAAUCCCAUCUGAAAUUGGCAAGCUGACAAACCUGGUAUAUCUAGUCUUCUCUGAAUUGCAACUCAAUGGCACAAUUCCAAGCGAGAUGGGAUUGUUGACAAAGCUAAGCAGCUUGGACUUGCAAAGCAACUCAAUCUCAGGCACUUUACCAAAAGAGUUAUCAAAGAUGUCAAAGCUGAAAGGGCUGCUCCUUAAUUCCAACCAAAUAGAAGGCAGACCUCUGGAACAAGAUGUGCUUCCCCAACUUACCCAGCUAAAGAAGUUGCAUAUCAAUGACAACCUUUUCUCAGGCUCUAUUGCAACAGAAAUAGGUUUGAUGUCCAGCAUUGAGAACCUUGAACUGCAUAACACAAAAAUAUAUGGGACCCUUCCCACCGAGUUGCUUUUGUUGGACAACUUGACCAGCUUGGUCUUGAUGAACACAUCCUCAUCUGGGAGCAUCCCUAAUGGAUUAUGUGGUACCAUACUCUCGCCACAUGAAAUGAAAUAUUUUGGGGGGAAUUUCUAUUGGGUUCCCACAACCAACAUGUCAGUCUGCUAUGGAACUGGUCUAUGUGGCUGCACUUGUGAGCCUUGCCCAAAAACAUGACAUAGUUUUAACCCCCCCACAACCUUCAUUCUUCUUCCAGUGGCUCUGGGUUGCCAUUGCCCCUUCAGAAAUAAGGCGGGCUACUAAAGUAGGGAAGUUACCUAACGCCGGCAUGGGAGAUGCAUGGUGAGGGCCCGGUUUAGGCAAAGAAGAUGCGAAUUUUGGGACUAUGUUCCGUCGGAUCAAGGGCAACAAACUGGGUGCCAAGUGAGGUCUGAAGGGCUUGAACUUGUGGGAUCCAACGAUGACAGAAAUGAAGCAUUGAUAUAGCAUUCUAUUUUAGGCUACUCGAAGUAUGACGUGACCACUGUGCCCCUAUUACCGUACCCCCACAGCAUUGGGUCGGAGAGAGUUGGCCCCUCAGCCAGGAAAGGUUUUUAAAAACCUAACAGAGGUAUGAAGUUAAGGGAUCCCUUACCUCAUUGUGGACCCAUCCUUGCUUAUUCUGCCGUCAGUGUCAGUGCAGUGCCCUACCCUACCUGGCGGUGGUCCGAACUCCAACCUCCGAAUCAAUCAUCGUGUGUGACGUUUGAUAAGGGCAAUUGCAUGAGAGCAGUGCCCUGAAAUAAAUGGAACACUUCAAAACGAUAAUGACUUGGAACAGAAAGGAUCUCUGUCUUAGGAACACUGGAGUUAACCCCUACGCCAUACUAGCUACAUGUAGGACACCUACUUUUCAGGUGUAAGUAAAUCCGCUUUACCCCAAAGUAAAUCCGUUUUACCCCAAGACAAGGGCAAUUACAUGUAUUGAUGAGAGUCGAGUCGGCAUCGUAAAAUGUUCAGGACAUGUCCUGAAAGAACAUGCCGAACAUCGGGAACUUCCUAAAAGAUCCGAUCACUUGUGCGUCCCGCUGCUAAACAAUCGUGCCAAAAAGUUGCCAAGACCACCCCCUCACAACCCUCAUUUUUUCUAUCCGACGGUUUUUUA